CAGGCGUUGGUGUUUCGGUGAUUGAUUGUGUCGCCUAGAUUUUCAGCGUUGCCGCUAUUUCCUAAUCUGCGAUCGAUUUACUUCAGUUUCACAAAAGAUGGCGGACCGAGCGCCUGGUGGCUCUCAAAAAGCUAGCGCUAAGGCGCUGCUUGAGAGCAAACUGAAGUCUUUCAGCAUUGGUAAAAUGACAGUAGCGAAGAGGACAUUAAGCAAGAAGGAACAGGACGAAAUAAAGAAAAAAGAGGAUGAGCGGGCUGCGGCAGAGAUUUAUGAAGAAUUUCUUGCUGCUUUUGAAGGAGGUGGUGAGGGCAAAGUCAAAGCCUUUGUCCGUGGGGGUAUUGCAAAUGCAACAAAAGAGGAAGCAGCUGCUGAUGAAAAGAGAGGGAAGUUGUACAAGCCCAAGUCGCGUUUUGAGACCCCGUCAAAGAGCUUCUUGCCCUUGGAAACUCCACCUCAGUUUUUAGCAUUGGAUAAAAAACAUACACUGAAGAAAAGUAAUGAAAAAGAAAAGAAGAAGAGCAACUUAGAGCUCUUUAAAGAAGAACUUAAACAAAUUCAGGAGGAAAGGGAUGAGAGACAUAAAAUGAAAGGACGUGUUAGUCGUUUUGAACCUCUCUCUGGCUUGGAUGGAAGACGUUCAUCGGAUGGUUCUUCAAGAAGAAACCGUCCGUCCAGUGUUUUGGAUGAUUGUGCACCGGGUUCCCAUGAUGUUGGAGAUCCAUCCACAACAAACUUGUAUCUUGGAAACAUUAAUCCACAGAUGAACGAGGAGAUGCUGUGUCAGGAGUUUGGUCGCUAUGGUCCACUGGCCAGUGUGAAGAUCAUGUGGCCGAGGACAGAUGAAGAGAGGGCUCGGGAGAGGAACUGUGGUUUUGUAGCCUUCAUGAACAGGAGGGAUGCUGAACGAGCACUCAAGAACCUAAAUGGGAAGAUGAUAAUGAACUUUGAGAUGAAAUUAGGAUGGGGCAAAGGUGUUCCUAUUCCACCCCACCCCAUCUACAUCCCUCCCUCUAUGAUGGAGCACACACUUCCUCCACCUCCCUCUGGCCUUCCCUUCAACGCACAGCCCCGGGAGAGGCUAAAGAACCCUAAUGCUCCCCUGCUUCCUCCACCUAAAAACAAGGAGGAGUUUGAGAAGACUCUGUCGCAAGCCAUAGUCAAAGUGGUUAUCCCAACAGAAAGGAAUUUGCUCUCUCUCAUCCACCGAAUGAUCGAGUUUGUGGUGCGUGAAGGCCCAAUGUUUGAAGCCAUGAUCAUGAACAGAGAAAUCAACAACCCUAUGUACAGGUUUCUGUUUGAGAACCAGAGUCCAGCGCACGUGUACUACCGGUGGAAGCUCUACACCAUACUUCAGGGUGAAGCACCAGCCAAAUGGCGAACGGAGGACUUUAGGAUGUUUAAGAAUGGCUCAUUGUGGCGCCCACCUCCGCUAAAUCCAUAUCUCCAUGGUCCUUAUGAUGAUGGGGAUGAAGAGGAUGAGGAGGAGGAAUCCAGCAAAAAAGGCUGCUUGAAGGAAGACGAGAGGGACAAACUGGAAGAGAUGCUGCGCGGUUUAACUCCGAGGAGGGGAGACAUCGCAGAAGCCAUGUUGUUCUGUCUUAACCAUGCUGAAGCUGCUGAGGAGAUAGUAGAGUGCGUCACAGAAUCCCUUUCUAUCCUCAAGACUCCUCUACCUAAAAAGAUUGCACGGUUAUAUCUAGUUUCUGAUGUACUGUACAACUCUUCUGCCAAAGUAGCAAAUGCAUCGUACUACAGAAAAUAUUUUGAGACAAAGCUCUGCCAGAUUUUCUCAGACCUCAAUGCGACAUACAAAACCAUACAGGGCCACCUUCAGAGUGAGAACUUCAAGCAACGUGUAAUGUCAUGUUUCCGGGCAUGGGAGGACUGGGCUGUAUAUCCUGACCCUUUCCUUAUCAAGCUGCAGAACAUAUUCCUGGGUUUGGUUAAUCUGUCUGUAGAGAAAGAGCCUGUUACUGUUGUGGAGGUUGAGCCAACAGAAGACAUUGAUGGGGCUCCAAUUGGAGAGUACGUUGACGGCACCCCACUGGAGGAUGUGGAUGGUGUGCCGAUUGAUGCAGGGCCCAUUGAUGGGGCUGCUAUUGACGGAGCCCCCCUGGAUGACCUGGAUGGUGUUCCUAUCAAGCCCAUGGAAGAAGACAUAGAUGGAAUACCCUUGGACCAGUCCAAGGAGGCAGCCUUCAAAGUAGCCCCCUCAAAAUGGGAAGCUGUGGACGAGUCUGAGUUGGCGUCUCAAGGUGUGAGACGUUUAGCUGUGACAACUUCAAAGUGGGAGAUAUUUGAGCAACCAGAAGAACCUAAAAAAAGGAAUGUUGAGGACAGUGAUGAUGAUGACAGGAGCCCUUCAUCAGAGGACAUUCAGAGCUAUUCUAACCCCAUCAGAGAUGACUCUGACAUUAAGGCCAAGAUGUCUGAAAUUAAUGAGGAGAAACGCACAAAGCUCAGAGAGAUAGAGGUUAAGGUCAUGAAGUUCCAGGAUGAGCUGGAGUCUGGUAAAAGGCCCAAAAAGCCUGGCCAGAGUAUCCAAGAGCAGGUGGAGCACUACAGGGACAAACUACUACAAAAGGAAAAAGAAAAGGAGAAACUUGAACGGGAGAAAGAGAAGGAAAAGACUGAGGCACGGAUAAAAGAGUUAAAGAAGGAAAAAGAGAAAGAUGACACACCAACCAGAAAAGAGAGGAAACGGCGUCACAGUGGCUCCCCCAGCCCAACACGGAGUAGCAGCAGACGAGGCCGAUCAUCCUCACCCCGUUCAGAGCGAUCAGAACGUUCUGAUCGAUCAUACUCAAAAGACACAUCUUCACGCUCCUCUCACAAAGAUUCCCCUCGAUCCAGCAACAAAAAGUCCUCUAAGAGGUCUCCCUCUUCACCACGCACACCCAAACGAUCCAGGAGGUCACGCUCCCGGACACCCAAGAAAUCAGCAAAGAAGUCCCGCUCCAAAUCAAGGUCUCCACACCGGUCUCACAAAAAAUCAAAGAAGAGCAAACACUGACACGUUUUUUCUAUACCGGCCGUUUCUCCUGCCCUCCUUCUGCACCAUGUUCUAUAAAAUGAUAGACUGACUGAUUUGGCAGCUGAAGAGCUCUAAUCAAAUGUUAAUGUAUAGACACUGAAGAUUGAAGGGUGUUGCAUGGGUUGCUGAUAGGUGUAUCUGAUGGAUGGGGCCAUUGCUGUUUUAUAUUGUACAAAAAAAAUAAUGUGCUUGUGUGUCUGGAUUCCCCACCACUUUCAGAUGGAGUUCAUCCACUUGGUAGACCACACCAUACAGAGUGUGACGACAAUAGUCUUAUUCAUGCUGUCAAUUUCUGUUUUUGUAGUUCACAUUAAAAAAAAAAUCCUAAUAAACAUGUCAUUUUUAAUCAAGUA